AUGGCUCAGGACGAUGAGAACAGCAUCUCCUCUGGGUCUACCUCCAGCCAUACCGCGCAUGAGAAUGAGAUCCAAGAGGAGCCUCCGGUUUCUCGUCGGCAAUCGAGAGUCGAUCGUGAUGGCAGCAAGGUCUUCGAGAACAUGAGUCCGGAGGAAAGAGAGCAGCUAACUCGCAUCGCCUCGAGUUUCCCCAAGCGCCGAGCAACUGAUUUAGGUACCGGUGGGACAGCUCUAGAGCGGAAGGAUACCAUCGAAGAAAUGGACGACGACCAUCCUGCGUUCGACCCUAACAGCGGACAGUUCGAUCAGCGGAAAUGGGUCCGCAAGAUGCUGAAGUUGAUGGAUCGACAGGGCCUUUCGCGCCCUGCUUCCACCGGCGUUGCCUUCCAGAAUCUUAACGUCUCCGGAUCCGGGUCUGCAUUGCAGUAUCAAAGCAGUGUGAGCUCUAUGCUGAUGGCUCCACUACGCCCCCAGGAAUACCUUAGCUUCGCCCGACGAUCUCCCGAGAAGCAUAUUCUGCGCAAUUUCGACGGACUUCUUCAGAGUGGUGAACUACUCAUCGUCUUGGGUAGGCCGGGUAGUGGGUGCUCGACAUUCCUCAAGACACUGUGUGGAGAAAUGCAUGGGCUGAAGCUUCGAAAGAGCUCGGAAAUCCAAUACAAUGGCAUCUCGAUGGAACGAAUGCACAAAGAGUUCAAGGGCGAAGUGCUGUACAACCAGGAAGUGGAUAAGCAUUUCCCGCAUUUGACUGUUGGUCAGACGCUGGAAUUCGCUGCCGCGGCGAGAACGCCUGAGGUUCGACUGAGUGGCAUUGGACGACAGCAGUAUGCGAAGUAUAUCUCGCAAAUUGUCAUGACUGUGUUCGGACUGUCGCACACGUAUAACACGAAGGUUGGAGAUGACUACAUCAGAGGUGUCUCAGGAGGUGAACGGAAGCGAGUCAGUAUUGCCGAGAUGGCACUGUCUGGGGCGCCUCUCGCAGCGUGGGAUAACAGUACUCGGGGUCUUGAUUCCGCAAGUGCCCUGGAGUUUGUCAAGGCACUGCGUGUUUCGUCCGAUCUCGCUGGAACCUGUCACGCCGUCGCCAUUUACCAGGCUUCACAGGCCAUCUAUGAUAUCUUCGACAAAGCCAUCGUUUUGUAUGAAGGCCGUCAGAUCUUUUUCGGGCCAUGCGAAGAGGCUAGAGAUUACUUCAUCGAAAUGGGCUGGCACUGCCCCCCGCGUCAAACGACCGGUGAUUUCUUGACAUCCGUGACCAACCCUCAAGAGCGCCAAGUGCGGAGGGGGAUGGAAAACAGGGUCCCUCGCACACCAGAUGAUUUUGAGAAGUAUUGGAAGAACAGUCCUCAAUAUGCCAGGCUCUGCAGGGAAAUCGAGCAGUAUCGUCAGGAUUUCCCUCCCGGAGGAGAAUCAGAGCAGGCGUUUAGCCAGAUGAAGAAGCUGCGGCAGGCAAAACACGUCCGGCCUGAGAGUCCUUAUGUCAUUUCGGUUCUGAUGCAGAUCAAGCUUUGCACAAUGAGGGCUUAUCAAAGGAUAUGGAACGAUAAACCUUCUACCCUGACCACGCUCAUCGGGCGAAGCAUUAUGGCUCUUAUUAUUGGCUCUAUAUACUAUGGGACUCCAAAUGCCACCGCUGGGUUUCAGAGUAAGGGCGCUGCCCUUUUCUUUGCCGUUUUGAUGAAUGCACUUAUCAGUAUCACGGAAAUCAAUUCGCUCUAUGAUCAACGGCCUAUCGUCGAGAAACAGGCCUCGUACGCCUUUGUCCAUCCCUUCGCGGAAGCACUCGGUGGCGUUGUCUCUGAUAUUCCGGUCAAGUUCUUCGCGGCUGUCGUGUUUAACAUCAUCUUCUAUUUCUUGGUUGGAUUGAGAUAUGAGCCGUCUCAAUUCUUCAUAUUCUUUUUGUUCACAUUCCUAAGCACACUUGCAAUGUCAGGAAUCUUCCGAACGCUGGCUGCAGCAACCAAGACGCUCGCGCAAGCAAUGUCCAUCGCCGGUGUGAUCGUCUUGGCUAUCGUCAUCUAUACAGGCUUCGUGAUACCUGUGCCACAGAUGUCCUCUAUUCCUUGGUUCAGCUGGAUCAGAUGGCUCAACCCUGUCUUUUAUACUUACGAGUCAAUGAUUGCAAACGAGUUCCACGGUCGACGCUUCACGUGCUCGGAGUUCGUGCCGGCGUAUCCCAACCUGAGUGGCAAUUCUUUCAUAUGCUCUAUCAGAGGCUCUGUGGCAGGCGAAAGGACCGUGUCUGGGGAUGCCUAUAUCGGAUCGCAAUAUACGUACACAUAUGCGCAUGAAUGGCGGAACCUCGGCAUCCUGAUCGGAUUCUGGAUCUUUUUCACGGCACUGUACUUGGUGGCUACUGAAAUCAACUCGGCAACCUCAUCGAAGGCCGAAUUCUUGGUGUUUCGACGAGGCCAUGUUCCGGCCUACAUGCGCAACAUCGACAAAGAUCAGGGCGAUAAAGAGUCAGCGGUAGUCAGUCAGCCUGAAAAAGGUGCUCAUGAAGAAGAGGAUACGGCUGUGAUUCCGAAGCAACACAGCGUCUUCACAUGGCAGGAUGUCUGCUACGAUAUACCCGUCAAGGGAGGUCAACGGCGUCUGCUGGAUAAUGUCACGGGGUGGGUGAAACCCGGUACUCUCACGGCCCUGAUGGGUGUCUCUGGAGCAGGCAAGACAACUCUUCUCGACGUUUUGGCCAAGCGUGUUUCAAUCGGCGUCGUGACCGGAGACAUGCUGGUGGAUGGAAAAGCUCUGGACAAUAGUUUCCAGAGAAAAACCGGAUACGUGCAGCAGCAAGAUCUGCAUCUUCCCACGACCACCGUUAGAGAGGCAUUGCGUUUCAGUGCAGUCCUACGCCAGCCGAAGUCUGUCCCCAAGGCCGAAAAGUACAAGUACGUCGAGGAGGUUAUUGAGAUGCUUGGUAUGCAGGACUUCGCGAGUGCCAUCGUCGGAACGCCAGGUGAAGGGUUAAACGUUGAACAGCGGAAGCUGUUGACUAUUGGGGUUGAACUGGCCGCGAAACCCGCGUUGCUGAUCUUCCUGGACGAACCGACCAGUGGUCUGGACUCUCAAAGUUCGUGGUCGAUUAUUGCUUUUCUGCGAAAACUGGCAGACCACGGUCAGGCGGUGUUGUCGACAAUCCAUCAGCCCAGUGCGCUCUUGUUCCAGCAGUUUGAUCGUCUUCUUUUCCUGGCCAAGGGCGGUCGAACCGUCUAUUUUGGGGAUAUCGGAGACCAGUCUCGGACCUUGCUUGAUUACUUUGAAGGCAACGGGGCGAGAGAGUGUGGUGAAUCGGAAAAUCCGGCUGAGUAUAUGCUGGAGAUUAUUGGGGCUGGUGCAUCUGGCAAGGCCACUAAGGACUGGGCUCUUGUCUGGAACGAGAGUCAACAAGCUAGGGACGUGGCAGGUGAAGUCGACCGAAUCCAUCGAGAUCGCGCGUCCGCAUCCAACGAAGAGAACGACACUACCAAGCAGGCCCAGCAGGCAGAAUAUGCUAUGCCGUUUACCUCCCAGCUGUGGUACGUCACCUAUCGUGUCUUCCAGCAGUACUGGCGCGAGCCCUACUAUGUCUAUGCCAAACUCAUCCUGGCCACCGCAUCCUCGCUUUUCAUUGGUUUUACGUUCUUCAAGCCCGAUAGCUCCCAGCAGGGGUUCCAGGAUGUUUUGUUCAGUGCGUUCAUGAUGACUUCCAUCUUCUCGACUUUGGUGCAACAAAUCAUGCCCAAGUUCGUGGUCCAGCGAUCACUAUACGAGGUUCGAGAGAGGCCAUCAAAGGCGUACUCCUGGGCCGCGUUCCUGAUUGCCAAUGUUCUCGUCGAAAUCCCCUACCAAGUCCUCGCUGCAAUCAUCGCCUACGCAUCGUACUACUACCCCGUCUACGGAGCCAACCAAGCACCGCAUCGCCAAGGACUCAUGCUUCUCUUGAUCAUGCAAUUCUACAUCUUCACCUCGACGUUCGCCUCGUUCAUUAUCUCCGCACUCCCCGAUGCCGAGACAGGCGGCACCAUCGCCACCCUCCUGUUCAUGAUGACUCUUGUCUUCAACGGCGUGAUGCAACCCCCCAACGCCCUCCCGGGCUUCUGGAUCUUCAUGUACCGCGUCUCACCCCUGACUUAUCUGAUUGCCGGCAUCACCGCGACAGGGUUACACGGCCGAGCGAUCGAGUGCGCCCAAGAGGAACUCAGCAUCUUCGAUCCCCCAAGCGGCCAGUCUUGCGGCCAGUACCUAGCCGCCUACCUACAGGCCGCCCCAGGCCAGCUGUACAACCCAAACGCGACCCAGGGGUGCGAGUACUGUCAGCUCCGCAACGCAGAUCAGUACCUGGCCAGUUCAAAUAUCUCCUACGGCGAACGCUGGCGCAACUUCGGUAUCGGAUGGGCCUACAUUGGCUUCAACAUCCUGGGCACCGUCCUGCUGUACUACAUGUUCCGCGUCAAACACUACAACCCCACCUCUCUGGUCCGGGGGGUCGUGCGCGGCGCGAAAUUCAUCUGUCGCGUGUUCAAGCGACGAUCGGGCGAAACGCCCAAGGGACGAGAGGCGGAGAAUGGUCGGUUGGUGUGA